AGAACAUCCAUCCAUCCAGAACCCAAUACACAUUCCCUAAGUUUACAAUGUCCGUUACAUCAACCGCAACCACCACCGCCGCCUCCGCGACCUCAACCUGCCACCAAAAACUCUACGAGAUCCCCGUGAAAGAUGCCGCCUGCGCAAUGCCGAUGCAGGGCAACAACUCUGCAAUCAUGAGCAGCUGCUGCUUGUCCGCUUCCGUUGUCUCCUAUAGCGACUGCGACUACUACUGUCUGGCUCAGGGCCAGAACGUCGGCGACCUGGCAGAAUGUCUCAUCAAAGCAUCCGAACCCGGAGAGGUGUGGUGCAACACUAACGCUAACGCGACCGCCACCGGCAGCGUUCCUACAACUGGCGCUGGCACUAUCGUCGCUACUGCCUCUGCUACUGACUCGACUGCAAGUGGGACGAAGGGUACUACUGGUGCGACCUCGACUUCUACCACCAAUGCUGCUGCGGCCAAGAAGUCGAUUGGGGUGCUUGCGCUCUUGCUGUUUGGAUCUACUGCUGGGCUGUUGAUUUAGACAUAUCUCUGGGUUGAUUUGGAGGGAUUAGAGUCCUUGGAUAGGGGGGUGGCGAGUCAGCUCGGCUUUGACUGUGGUCCUGUGGUUUGGAACUUGGCGAAAGCCUUCGUGGGCUUUUAGUGCUAUCGUUUUGUUUGUUCUUCGUGAUUGCUGUUUUCAUUGUAAGAUUACUCAGUGGAAGAGUGUAU